GAGGACCAGUUGACGUGAACGAAUUCACACAGCUUGUAGAUACUGCCCACUUGUGUCAUGCUCGUUGUCUAUUUGGUCCUCUUGUUAACCCUUCACGUCUCCUGCCCCUGAAACGAAACCAUCCUCCUGGUGAUUGCUCCCGUCAUUCUGCCUCGGGCACGACUGUCAGACAGUGUGUACCUCUGUCAUCCCCAUUGCCGCCUAGAUAUCUCGCCUGCACCUCCCUCACACAGGCAGAAAACAGGGCAAGCCUGGCGUCACCAGCAAUCUAUAUAGUGCUGACAACACCCGAAGGUCUCUUGCUCUGCUCUAGCCUCUACGAAAACCGCCGGGCAUCCACCACGGCUACGGCUUCACCUCUGGUCCCGAGGUCCGGAGCAGCCUUGUGUCUCGCACUCCCUCACAACCUGCAACCUUCCGCAACUGCGAUACUAUCACAGCCGUGGUCGUAUAUGGCAGGCCCUGCAGCCCACGAGGAACCGCAUAGACGCCUCGCUCCAUAAACCGACCGCCACCAUCUGGCCGCCUCCACCCAGCGUGUUGCCUUUGCCACCGGCUCGACGUCCGGGGAACUGUAUUCCUGAGGCCGCCCGGGGCUCAACCUCAACAGAUCACGCGCGUCAAAACACAUCGGCCGGCUCGAGUCACCUCGACUGGCAGGCUGGCAGACUGGCAGACUGGCUUGGCCGCCCUCGUAUUUGUCGUCUUGUCGUGGCCCAGAGACACCACGUCGACAGGGGUGUUUACGUCUUUUGGAACGUUCCCGACCUUCCGGAACGGCUAGGUUUGCGGAGGGAGGAUUGGACCACACUAGCAUCGUAUCCACGCUGCCGCGGCGACAGCAGUCACGGAGAACAGGGUCGUUGGAUAUCGAAUUUGCAUUCCUCGACGUGACGACAAGGAAGAAUUUUCACAGGGCCUGGUCUUGGAACCUGGCAUCCGGAGCCGCGACAUUGUGGACCAUCCCGGCCGUUGUGCAAAUCCAAUUUCGCUUACCCGGUCGUCCAAAUUAAAGCUGUGUUCACUCACACACACUGACAGCCUGAGCACUGGCACACCGUUGAGCCACCGCGGUAUCGAUUUCUUUACCUUUGCAAAAUUCUGCACCAGGGACCAGGGACCAGGGCUCAGGGCCCAGGGACCAGGAUUCAGGAUCAGGGUGAGCUCUCACCGAGGUUCGUCUGCGCAUCCUCCUCACCUGGAAACAAACGUCGGACGGCGUUGGACGGCAGACGGCAGGCAGAGACAGAGGCAGAGGCAGAGGCAGAGGCAGAGACAGACAGACCUGCGCAGCCCCUCUUUCGUUCUAUUUUCAGGUGCUUCGCUGCAGCUGAGCCUAGACUGCUGGCGCUGCGACUGCGUCAGGUCUUUUGUGUGAUUGGGCUGUUGCUGGCUGGCUCAUCAGCACUGAACAAUCGAGCAGCUGCGCAGACAGGCUGACGGGCAGAGGGGGUGCAGAGGUGCAGAGGUGCAGAGGGGCAGAGCUCAGACACCACGCGGGCUGCCAGACUGCCAGGCUGCCCUCUGGACAGUGUGGAACAUUGUGGCUGGUUCUGGCAGGGGUGACUAAUAGGGUGGUCAGGUAUUUCUGGACUUCUGGUACUUGGCUGCCGGUCCUUUGAUAACCACACGCCCCUCCACCGCCGGUCACACCAGGUCCCCACGAGGCACGCAUCCCUGGCAUCCCUGGCAUCCCUGGCACCCAGCAUCUGAGCACGGAGCUCAUUUUCACUCAUCCUUCAACCCGGCUAGCGCACCUACAGGGGGUCGCCUGGGAUAUCCCUGCCCGCCCACUCGACACCCUCUCGACCUGUUUUUGCUCACUCUCCGCGCCCUGGUCUUGGCUGGAUUGAUUCUUAAUACCCCCCUUCGCACCCAAAAUCUCCAACCACACCAUUUAGUCUCGUCCUGCCACCUUGGCCUCCGCCAACCUCAACAUACAAACACCGUCCUCACCAGCGUCCUCUGACAUAACCAACCACGCUUACCUCACCCUAUCGCAGUGACUGGGCUCCCCGAGUGAUCCAGUCUGUUCCAGAAGUCACCAUCAGAGACGUUUUGCGACGUGCUUUGGUGCCCCCAUGCCCAACUCGCUCCUGCGGACGGUUUGAUUUUCCACCAAAAAAGCCUUGGACAUGUUCGCGAACAGAAGACGGUCUUCCUCUCCUCUUCCAACCGACCACAUACCAAGGUGACAGGCUUCACUUUCCCAUGCGUCCCGACAUAGGCGCCACAUUCGAGCUGCUUGAGACGGGAAAAUCCACAUCACAAACCACACCACAUCAACAUCAUCACAUCCACACUGCCGCAUAAGGGGACACACAGCCGGGUCGCGGGGUUCUCUGUCUUUUUUCCUUUCCUUUCCCACAUCGAGCUGGGUGUCAGCGAGACAUCGCAAGAGUCAGGAAGAUGAACGGACACUCUCCCUACGGGGCCUCUGGCGCCGGAUACUACUACAGGGACGAGUUCGCGAGCCCCUCGCCGACUCCAUCUCCCCGGGGACCUGCAUACUACGCCUCCACUCCCCAACGGCCUGCGACGCGGGCGCACUUCAGGCACAUGAGCAGCGGCAUGAACGACUACCCGAGUCCGCGCCCGGCAGCAGCUUUCUCGCCGCGGUACAACAGCGAUGGGCUCUACUCGACCAACGCCGCAACUGCUAAUGUGAGUGCAACGCGAUCAUCGCGGAAACAAUCAUUCUCUGGGACGACGCGCCCCAAGCGCGAGCGCCGGUCUUCAUAUUCCUACUAUCGGGCCUCUGAUUCACAUGGGGAAUCCGACGAGGACGAAUACGUCGAGGUCAACGGUAUCACCUACGUGAUACCCGCGCGGUCGAGGCCCAAGCGCCACUCUAGGCAGGAUGAGGGUCUUUACUAUUCUGGACACGUUGAUGGGCACGCAACUGAUCGCCACUACUAUCCACAGGCCUCAUCCCGCCGUCAGGCCAACAAUGACUUUGACAGGUACGAAGUGCCCCACUACUACGAGGAGCCGCCCCGCCGCUCCUCUGGACACACCAGGCGCGCCUCGCACUCUAUCCCCCAGCGGCCCCAGACCACCCGGCCCGCCAGCUCUCACAAGGCCCCGCCGACGACCAGGAAGGCUACCGAGUCCGAUGCGAAGAAGUAUCGCAUCCCCCCUGGCUACUCCCUGAAGAACUGGGACCCGACCGAGGAGCCCAUACUCCUGCUUGGCUCGGUGUUUGACGCAAACAGCCUGGGCAAGUGGAUCUACGACUGGACCGUCUACACCCACGGCCCCUCGACCCCGAUCUCCGAGAUGGCCGGCGAGAUGUGGCUGUUGCUGAUCCAGCUUGCCGGAAAGAUCAAGAGGUCCAAGGAGUGCGUGCCACGGAUCCGGUUGCUCGACAGCAGGGAGAUGGUUGAGGACUUCAUCGAGUCGGGCGAGCGCAUCACGGACAAGCUUCGCAAGCUGCUCAAGACGUGCGAGCAGCCCAUGCUGAAGGCGAGCAAGAAGAAGGAACAGCUCGGCAGGAACUCAGGCAUUGAGUUCGUCGAGACACUGUUUGGCCGCGAGCGCGAGCUGGAGAAGUCGGAGCGCUUCAUGCAGCAGGUGCGCCUCUGGAACAUGCGGUUUGACGCCAACUGCGAGGAGGUGCUCAGGCAGCCCACUAAAUAAGACCACCCGACUCCACCUGUCGCCAACUUCACACACACAGUACGCCUAAGCACGCACGUGCAGCACAGCCCGAACCACCGCUGUGCUCGACACCCAAGGCGCAAACCAGAAAAAAAAAAGACAAGAAAACCAUACACCGAUCCUGUACUAUUAUGCUCACAGACCAGCGGGGAUUUCUUUUGCGGGACUUUUUCACUACUUUGGUCUCAUCUACACUGUCUAGAGACUCACGUCUCAAAGGGUGGCUGUCAUCUUUCUGGUCUUUACAAUGAUACCCAGGGAUGUUAUUUCAUAUUUGGCUCCUUACCCUCCCAGUGGAAGGGCCUCACCACAGACGCGCAACAGCAAGGACGACACGGGUCAGCGAGACACCGUUGAAUGCUUACUUUGUGCCUGGCGACACACAAAAGCUAUUUUUUUAUUCAAGGAAUUAAUGCCGCGACUCGAUUACGACGACUGGCAAUGGGGAACAAGGGAACACGGGAUAUACUUGGCUGCUAGGAUGGGAAUAAUUGGCUAAGCGACGACACGAAGCGAAUGCGAAAUUGUAAUGGAAUGGAAUGGAUGGUUUUACGUCUCUCGUUUGCGUGUCUGGUUCUGGAAGGAAAAUGGGGAACAUCGCUCGGCGCACAACGUGCUGUUCUAUUUCUUGUGACCGGCAUCACUUUCGCGACCACACGGACGCCUGCCUGAUUGUUUGGGUGCGUUUCUUUUCUAGGAUCUGUUCUGUAUUUUUCCCAGGCCGUUUGAUGGUGUGUGGCAAAGAUGGAGGAGAUACCCACUUCCUUUACUCUCGAUAUUGUCUAUUAUUGCGAACAACAGACGUGUGAAGAUAGGACGGGCGUGAACAAAUUCCAGGUUUGGAACUCUGAA